AUUAUAAAGAUGGAUAAAGUGAAGAGCAAAUCGCAGCCUAUGAAUCAAAGUGAUAAUGAGUCAGUUAUUAUAGAUGUUGCCAAACCAAAAGUUCAUAUAAGUUUAUUUGGUGCAGUGACGUUUGGAAUGGGAUCUAUGAUUGGAUCAGGAAUAUUUAUAUCACCAGCUGGUACUCUUCAUAACUCAGGCUCUAUAGGAAUGAGCCUCAUCAUGUGGACAUUUUGCGGACUGUUAUCCUUACUAUUUGCGUUGGUGUACGGCGAACUCGGCAGCUUAUUGCCACACUCGGGGGGAGACUUCAGCUAUAUAAACAAAAGUCUUGGAAGGGUACCAGCAUUUCUUGUGGUGUGGACAGUACCUUUAUUCAGCAAUACCGCUUCUUUGGCUGUUCUUUCUCUUGUAUUUGCAAACUAUUUACUUGCAUUUCUUUUUCAGUCAUGCACACCAUCAAUAGCUAUGACAAAGUUAGUUGCUGCAACAAUGGUUUUAACACUAGGUGUUACCAAUACUUGGAGCGCAAAACUUGGGGCUUAUACGCAAAUAGUAUGCACGGUCGUUAAAGUAACUGCGCUUCUACUAAUUUCUCUAGGCGGAAUUGUGUUUCUAUGUCAAGGAAAAGUUCAUAAUUUUGAUAACAGUUUUCAAGGGUCAGCAACCGAUGUAACGUCAUAUACACUUGCAAUAUACAAUUGUAUGUUUGCAUAUGGGGGAUUUUCUCGAAUCGGAGAGAUAGCAGAAGAAAUUCAUAACCCCCAGCGGAACAUAUACAAAGCCGUUCUAAUAUCUGUUAUAUCCGUCACUUUUAUCUACGUCAUGACAAACAUUUCGUUUUUUACACUUCUUCCUAAAGCAAGUUUUCUUACAUCAAGCGCCGUAGCCUAUGAUUGGGCGUUAGAUGGAUUUAAACCUGUCGCAUUCUUGGUACCAUUAUGUGUUAUAGUGUCAGUAUAUGGCGCUAGCAAUAGUAAUAGUUUCGGUUCCAGUCGCAUUCUCUUUUCUGCAGCACGCGCUGGGCAUUUUCCGGAAGUGAUGUCAUUUUUAAACGUCAACUCGUCAGUUCCAGUUAUAUCCGUUAUGAUAAUACAUGGUAUAGCUUUAGUUUUGCUUAUUCCGGGCAAUAUCGGGACUCUCAUAAAUUUUCUUAAUUUUCUGAUAUUCAUAAUGAUGAUGCUAACAUCGAUUUCCUUAUUAAACAUACGAUAUGAGCAACGCAAUGAACCCAAAGAUGGCGAUAAAUUCAGAUCACCUAUUAUCGUACCAAUUCUAUCCACCUUGUUUUGUAUUUUCCUUAUAGUAACACCUUUUGUUUCAAGUCCACAAGUAGAAUUCCUGUAUGGCAUAGCUAUUGUUGCAGUAGGGUUUUUCAUUUACAUACCUUUUGUACAUUUCGAGUUAAAAGUCCCAGGGAUAGAUACUGUAACGAUGAUCUUUCAGCUUAUUUGUAACAUUCGUCCUGUUGAGAAAUCACUGUAAGUGAACGUUUAUACAUGUAUAUAGUUGGCAAGACAGUGAAUAUUCGUAUGCGCUGUUGUUGUAUUUACAUCAAUUUACAGAAGCAAUUUGAAAUCCAUUUCCAAACGAAAUAUAAUAACAUAAUAUGUUCGCCCUCUCCCAUUUGCUUUGAAUUGAAUAUUUUCAUGUAUCCUUUCAGUAUAGCGCAUGGAUAGCGGACUUAACACUUAAAUUAAUCGUACAAAU